GGGACAGAAACACUUGUUUUAUUUUAACUUGUUUUAUUUUAACUUUAUCGUCUCUGAAAUAAAAUCGCGUGGAGUUCGUCACCCUUUGUUUGUGUGUUGUUUUCUUCCCGCCACGCUGUUUUUGUGGCGACACAGAGAAGAAGAAAGCAAGUCUUUACCAUGGCUGCGUCGCCAACUUGUUGAUGUUGCCACUGAAUUUACUCAAGUCCAAGUCCUGACGGGAACAUUCACCCUCUUGUUUUUUCAUCUGCAAGUUAAGAAUGUGAAGAUGCCACAUUCUGUUGACUCUCACCCGACCGAAACUCUCAUCUCCAGAGCUUUCUCCUUGGACAUUUUCUCCACCAGCGAAGAAUCUACAGAGUCCUACACAGUGGACAGCCUCAUCACCAGCGCCAGCAACUUCAGUAACGUCAGUGGGAUCGGCAUCCUUCGCUGCACCUAUAAGGAAGAUUUUAAACGUAUUUUACUCCCCACUGUAUACACCCUUGUUUUCCUGCUGGGCCUCCCACUCAACGCCGCUGUCAUCCUGAAGAUAUGGAGAACAGGGCCCAAUCUGUCCAAAAACAACAUCUACAUGCUCAACUUGGCCACAGCUGACUUCUUGUAUGUGACGUCACUUCCUUUGCUCAUCUACAACUACGGCAGUCAUGACUACUGGCCGUUUGGGGAGUUUGCCUGUAAGCUGGUGAGGUUUCAGUUCUACAGUAAUCUGCACGGCAGCAUCCUCUUCCUCACCUGCAUCAGCGUGCAGCGCUACGUGGGUAUUUGCCAUCCUCUGGCAAUGUGGCACAAGCAGGGAGGCCGCAAGCUGGCGUGGUGCAUCUGCUUAGGUGUGUGGUUGGUGGUCGGCCUCCUGUGUGCUCCGACUUUUCACUUUGCUGCGACAGGAAUCCAGCGCAAUCGCACAGUUUGUUAUGAUUUAAGUCCUCCGAAGCUCUCAGUGGACUACUAUCCCUACGGCAUGGCCCUGACCUGCCUUGGCUUCUUGUUGCCUUUUACGGGAGUGAUGGCGUGCUACUGCCGGAUGGCCCAGAUCCUCUGCCGCCCGGUGUCCUACCAGGGCGUCUCUGCAGCGAGUGCGGAAAAGCGGGAAAAGGCGGUGAGGAUGAUCAUUGUGGUGGCGGCAGUGUUCUGCAUAAGCUUCCUGCCGUUUCACCUCACCAAGACCAUGUACCUGGUGAUACGCACUGUGCCCGGCGCGCCCUGCGAGACCAGAAACCUGUUUUCCAUCAUCUAUAAAAGUACAAGGCCAUUUGCCAGCAUGAACAGCUUCCUGGACCCGAUUCUGUUCUACUUCACCCAGCCACGAUAUCGCCGGAGCACCAAGAAGUUUGUGCUGAAGGUCACUACACUGAGGGACAAGGUCACCAGCAGUGUGUGAGCAAACAACAGUGAUAUUAUAAAGUGUUUUUUUUUUCACUUUUCCUCAUGUGAAUGAACUUUUAAUUGUAAACGUAAUAUUCAGGCUUAACUGCUCUGUAACAAAUAACUGUACCUUCCUUUUCAAGGGUUUGAGAAAAGAUUUGGAGGCACUUGUGAUUAAGACGCCCUUUGAAAUGCAGCUUGAAUGUUUUAAUGAGGAAAAACACAGACUGAACAAAGUAGGAGAUUUAGAAAACACCUUUACAAAACUUUUAACUUUUUUGUUUUACACUGUGAAGUAUUCCAAUUCAUCACGUCUCCACAGGAAAUGCUUUACUGUACGGAGCUUUCCAUGUAGGUCCAUUGUAGAUGCAUGUAAUGUGAAGGUGUAGAUAUGACCGUGAAAGGGAAGACAGAAUAACUGAAACCCACAGUGGCACUGAAUGACGUACUUUUAGUCAAAUAUGUGGAGUACUACUCAUAAAGUGACUCAGACUUUUAAAUAUGGCUGCAUGUUAUUUACAUUGAUCAGGGGCAAUAGCAAGAUAUACUUCCAUGAGGUACAUCUUGCUAUUGCUCUUGCUACAGCAAGGGGAACAAAAAAAUGAAAAUGAUAAAUUGAAUGAAUGUGCACUUGUAUGUCAUAUUAUACUUUUUAUAUGAAGAUUUAUCUGGUUCCCCCAAUAUUAUUAUUCAGUUUGAUAGCUUGUAAUUGCAUAACAUUACCACUGGAUGGCGUUUGCACCCCACUAUUGUAUCGCCACUGUUAUGAAAUGUCUGUAACACAUAUUAGUUACAUAAACAAAUGAAAUCUUUACAAAUGUUUGUGCCAACAUGUGUUUAUACACGUUUAAAACCAAUAUAAUGGUUUAAAAAAGAGACUAUAUUUCACCACUGUGACUUGAUGUUAGAAUACAUGAAAAAUAGGGUGUGGACAUAUGUGAAAAAUAAGCUCCUUAUCUUUAAUACUAGAGUAGAUGUGAAUUGUUUAGUGCUUAAUACUGUUUUAUCAGUAUUGUUCUUUCUAUAUAUACUGUAGAUAAAAUGUAGUCUAUGGAGUUAGACUAGGUAAUUGAAUUACGGAGUUUAUAAUUUAUGAUCCAUAUUCAUUAAAUGAACAUAAAUGUACUGUAAAUGGGCAUUCAGAUUAUUUGUUGUUGUUAAAUAAUGGCUUUUGUUGUUGUUUUUUUACUUUUUACAGUUACUUUUGGGUAUUGUCCCUCAGAAACUGUAAAGAGAAUAAUGGGAUUUAUUUUUGUUUUGUUUACUUGAUGUUUUUUUGUGUUGUCUUGUUGCUCUUCAUAUCUCCCCUAUUGCCUCUUCAGUCUCUACACUGCUGUCAACUUUUCCUAGUUAUUAGAAACUGAGAAAGAGUGAGUUCUCUGCAUUACCAACUACACUUUUCUUCAGGAAAUGCACUUUUUGUUUUAAUUAUUAUUCACCAUAACUGUCUGAUAUGUGGUGUGUGUUGUCAGUUUUGCUAACAUUUGUGCCAGUAUUAUUUAGAAGUACAUUAUACUGUAACACAAAAGUAUAGUUUUAUUUUGUUACACAGAGAUACUGUAAUUAUGUUGGAAAAACAUUUAUCAACGUGUUUAGUUGCCUGAAAAAAAUAUGGCUGUACUAUAAUGUAAAAUUAAUUCGAAUGGAUAUUAAAAAUGAAUGCAAGUAAUCCUAAA